AUGCCUCACAUUAUCAGUCAAGAGUCGCUGAUUGUGGGCCUGCAGAAUCUCUUGAAGCCAUUUCAUGCAACUCUAUCGGCUGGAAACUACGAGAAGUUCUUGUUGCUGUUGAUUGACGAGAUUCUUUUCAGAUUAGAACGUUUUAUCCAACAGAAGAGCUACAACAGAUAUGGUGCUCUGCAAUUUGAGAAGGAAUUGAGGUGCAUCUUCAACUUCUUCUCUUCCCUUUCCACCUUUCCGUGUCGGGAAAAGUUCGCACGCAUUCUUCAAAUUAGCAAAUUGCUAAACCUCGAAAAGGUGGAGGAAGUGAGCUACUACGGCGAUGCAUCAAACUGGCGU